AUGUCAUCAUUGUUUACAGAAGAAUUGCAACGGAUAAUAAAUUCGUUUAUUAUUGUAAUAAUAUUAUUUACAAUUUCUUAUAUUAUAACAUCAAUUAUAUUUCCUUCAACAGAAAAAAAAAUAACGAAAUUUGAAAGAUUUGUAUUUAUAUGGUUAAUUUGGGACGCAUUAAUUCAUUUAAUUUUAGAAGGUUCAUUUGUAAUAUUAAGUUUAAUUAGUACUGUAGAAGAAAGUAAAGGAAUUUUGGCUGAAUUAUGGCAAGAAUACGGUAAAGCAGAUUCAAGAUGGUUACAUUCGGAUCCAACAAUACUUUCAGUAGAAAUUCCUACAUUCAUAUUUUGUGGACCAUUAUCAUUAUAUAUAAUAUAUUUAAUUAUAAUAAAUCAUUCUACAAGACAUUAUUGGCAAAUGAUUUUAUGUACAUGCGAAAUAUAUGGAUGUUGGAUAACUUUUUGUCCUGAAUGGAUAACGGGAAAUAAAGGACUUGAUACUGAAAAUUUAAUGUAUUUUUGGAUUUACCUUUUGGUAAGUUGUUUAUAUGCUGUAUAA